AACUUGGAUUCGGAGCGGAGUUGACUCGCUCCCACCCCAACAGGCGCCGAGUUUGGGGCGAGAACCACCUUCUCCGGCGAGUAAAAGCUUUCGGAGGGCUCUUUUCCGCCGGUGUCCAGAGAGACGAGAGCCCGGUCCAUGGACAAUUACGUCGUCCCGGUCCCCCCUCGGGAAAACUCUAGACCUCUUCCCAGGCCUGGAUGGAAGCGAAGUGCUCCAGAACUGGAUGGAAGGAUCUCUUCCAGGUACCGCCACGAAGCUUCUCAGCUUCUUCUUGAUUCGUACGCCGAGAUUAGGGCUUUUGAUCAUAAUUACAGUAAUGGGUCUGAUAGCUGUCCGACUCAUAUGGCUCGAAUGGCUAAUGCUUUCAACCAAGAAACGUCAAUAUCUUAUGCGAGGGAAGGAGUUUUAGGACUGGAAUUUGACAUGAAGGGAAUCUAUCUUGCAUCAGUAACAAGAUCAGGAUGUUUAACAGUGCAUGACUUUGAAACUCUCUAUUGUCUAGCAUAUGGUCCAGCAUCAAGUUUCUAUUGGUUCUUGACAGGUUUAUUAGCGGAUGAAGUGAAGCCUUUGCUACAUAUUUCUACAUGUCUGCCAUUAAAUGUUGUUCGAUGGAACCCAGCAAAUCAAGACGAGGUUGCUUGUGCAUCUAGACAAGAUGAUAAAAUUAUGCUUUUUGAUAUCGGUUAUAUUUCAUCUGAACCUGUUGAAGUGUUUGAGAAAGGGAAAUCUAAGUUUUCUCGACACAGCUGUGAACUGUACAAUGGUUUAUCUGAUAUAGCUUUUGCCUCUGCUGACAAGUCAAGGUUGCUUGCAUCUGGCUUAGAUGGUGCCAUCUACAUAUGGGAUAGGCGGCUAAGUAAUCUUCCAUGUCUUGAGCUUACAACUAAUUCACAAAGCCAAAUUAAUAGUAUUGUUUUGGACUUGGAAGACCGGAUUGUAUUUGGGGCAAGCAAACAUGGGACCAUUUAUGCUUGGGAUCUUCGUGGAGGAAGAGCAUCAUUUGCUUUUCAAAGUCAUAAUGAGGUGUAUUAUCCCCUUUUGACAUCUGUGAAGUUACCGUCACUGUUGGGGAAAAUCACAUCUUUAAAGGCACAAUCAAACAUCACGCCAAAGGAAAUUCACUCGAUCAGCUUCAAUCCAUCUUGCUCCUAUCAGUUAGCAUUCCAUCUAGAUGAUGGUUGGUCCGGGGUCUUGAAUAUUGGGAGCCUUAGUGUGACACAUGUGCAUUGUCCUCCUGCUUGGUUGGAUGGCGUGGGCAUGUCCACCAGUCCAAAUUUGAGAAGACCGUCUUGGCUGCCAGCAUGUUCGUAAAGGUGACAAGUAACAACAAUCAGCGCUUUGUGACUGAAGAGAGCAUUUAUAUCUUGAAGAGGACAACUAUUAUGGGAAACGCAGCUAAUGAUUUGUGCAGAUCAUACUAUUUUGGAGAACUCAACAUGGAAAAUCCAUAGGGUAAACUGAUAUCUGAUGUGUUACAGUCUCAUGUCUGCUCAGCUGUCACCAUGCAUGCACACAGUAUUUUGUAGGAAUAUGCUACCUCAAAAGCUCAAUAUAUCUUCUAUGUCCAGAUCUAUGCGGUAGGAUCUUCCUCUGGUCAUGGGAUUUAUCUGCUUGAUUUCUAUCCAGACACAAGCUCCGCAUGCCAUGUAGAUUUUGAGGACGUACAAUGCAUUUCUGGAGAAAGUAGAGGAACCGUCCAAAACAAAUUUGUUCCUCUAUCACAAAAUGUUUUGUCUUGUGCUGCUCAUCCCUGCAAUGGUACCAUCAUAGCAGGAACUAAGCAAUGUUCUUUACUGGUGAUCUCUCAAAAGUCCCACACUCUGGAAGACUAGGACUGUACUAUGUGAAGGCUGGUCAACAUUGUUCAUUGUAGUUGAACUGAGACACUGCGUCAGCGUCAUGUUGGGUAAGCGAGAGCACGCACAUUCACGUUUAAAAGACUACCCAUGUAAACGAACAUGGGGGGAUUAUGAAGACGUAUCCCCUUGUAGGCACCAAGAAAAUUGCUACAUGGAAGGAUGAUGAGCACGCAAACUCUUGCAGGUACCAAUAAAUAUGCAACCUGUCUGUCUUGACUGGAUGAGCUGCUACAUCGUCGAGUCUGGUUGGCAGCAAGGAACAAAUGGACGGUGAUGGACGGUGAUGUUUUUUAUCAAUUUUUUUUUAGGAUCCAAACAUGUAAUUGCAUUUCGCUGUGGGAAUAGCAAUAAAUUAAGAUGGUUUUUUUCUAGCAAUAAUGUGACGAUGCAUGCCUAAA